AUGCCUAUUCGGGUCACUCUUUCUUUGAAGGGGUGUACAUCUUGUGACGUCUGCCAGCCCCAGGCUUACCGACUCUUGGACAUAUUCCUGCCACAAAUUGUCUCUGUCUUGGAUGAGCCCACGGAAGUGGAUGGGAAUGCCGGACCGUUCUGCUUGCCUGGUAUCUGCGCAAACGCAAUUUGUCUUGAGGCCAGCCGGACUCACACCCUCCUGCGUGUCUAG